CUCCCUCAUCCUCGUCCUCCUCUUCUCUCCCACAAUAUUCCCGUACAUGUUAUAUGCGACCAUAUUACCCAUCUCCCGCGCAUCACUCAGCCGCCCCCUUAUACCGAAAUCCCAGAGAUCUCACUCGUGCGGAACGCUGACUUCCCGAACACCCUCCAUCUGAGACCGGCAUUUCGCCUUGAGCCCAGGCGCGCGCUCUGGUUGGCCCUCUCUCAAAUUGUCCUUGUUUCACCUCGUCAAAGACGUCAACCACACGACACUGCCACCGUUUGAUCGUCUCUCCUUGCACACGGGGCUAUGACUUGCAUUUCGACGCUGGAAACAUAAAAACACCCCUCUAAUCACACCACAGUCGCUCCUCAUCCCAUAUCCGCACUGUCCAAGUCGAUGUCCGGUCUGGGUCCAAAUCACCCGACCAACGCCGAUCCCUCUGUCAUGGCCGACGUCGACACCUCUACUUUCCAUUUCAACAUCUCGACGCCUGCGUGCAAGCGGAAACGACCAUCGGACCAUCUGGAGGACGAUGGUCGUUUCUUUGUCCGCGACGCCAAAAGACGCUCCACCUCGACACAUUGUCUGCCCAUCCGCUUAUCACCCUCCUCGCGGCCACAUGUCUCGGUUCCUCCCGCUUCUUACUCCCUCUUCACUUCGAUAUACCAGCAGCCUCCGACUCCGGUAGAUACCUCGGAUGACGAAAGUUCCGGCCAGUCAUUCAACGGAGCAGAAGACCAGUGGCCGGCCGCGAAGAACGACUCGCAGCUGGGCAGCGACAGGGGCACGUCGUCAGUCAAGGCCCAAUUCAGCGAUCCCGUUGAUGUCGAAAUGGAUCUGACCAUGGCCCCUCCGGUCGUCCAGCCGAGGAUACGACGUGCUCGAUCAAACGACAUUGUCCCUCCUGAACGCGACCCCAAUUUUCUUAAUGCUAUGGAUACAUUUGCUCGAGAACGAGUGCCGACGCCCAUCAGCGGUCAUUUCGACAACCGCGUCAAUGAUCUCCCCAACGUCCCGCGCCAUCAUUUUCCACCAUUACGCACAAAUCUCAGCCCGAUGAUUGAACAGGAGUCGUGGAUCACUAGAGACGGUCUACCGAGUCCCGUCGAAGACGAGGAUAUGGACACCGCAAUGAUGAUGGAUCGGGAUGAGCCAGCCAUUCAAGGGCAUUUGCCCGCCGAUAAAUACGGAGGGAAUGGAAAUUCGAGUCCUUCAGGUCGAACGAGGUCGGCGAGACUUCAUAUGGGAUAUCUCAACGAUUGUGAGAAAUGCAUUCAGAAAGUGCCAGGCCACUACAGCCAUAUUAUAUGGACUUGACCAGGCAGGCAGAUGCGUGACAGCGUUUGGCCUGCCAUUGGUUGCAUGAUGAAUUUGAUGAGCAAUGAGAAUAAAGAUUGAAUGAGAAGCAUGACGAUCACGGUUUGGAGCUUCGCGAGAUUACAGGGCAUUCACUGGCUGGUACGGCGAACAGCGGUCGGAGAACUUGCAAAGCCACCAUGAGCUUCCAAGCAGCACGGUUCGGCGCACUGCUCGUUUGAGACGAGGGAAUUUUGAUCUGAGAGUUUUGUGCGGCUCCAUUCUACACAGGUGCACGCCGCCUACAAUAGCUGUACAAAUGACAUGUCUGAGAUGCCCUGCGAUAUCAGGGC